UCGGCCAUUUUAACUUGAGAAAUGAUGUCAAAAUCUUUGUCUGCUCACAGUUGAAAGAUCUGAGGUGAACUGGGACUGGGACUGGAGCAGGGUUGCUGAAGAAAAGAGGAGUACAGGGGGCUGGAGGACUGGGAUCUAUGGAUGCAGGACGAUGCAUAGCACAUUAAAUAUCGGAUCUCCCCUCUGACACCAUACAGGGCUGGUCUGAGAAGAGACUGCUGUCUGUCUGACAUCAGAAAGUGUUACUUGUGUCUGCAUUGUAAUGUGAGGCAGCCCGUGAAAAUGGAUGGCUAGAUUAUCUGACCACUGAGGACUCAGUCUUGGAAACCAAUGUGUUUUAAUAGGUCUCUGCAUCCCAUCUAAGGAAACACGCACUCCCUCUGGCUGAAGAAGAAAGAAAGUCAUUCACAUCUGGGAAGGCAUGAGGGCUGCAGUCAUGUUCUGGAAGUUCGACCUGCACAACUCCUCUCAGGUUGAGAAGCUCUUGGAGAAGGAGGACGUGACCCUGCAGGAGCUUCUGGAUGAGGAGGACGUGCUGCAGGAAUGUAAGGCUCAGAAUCAACGCCUCCUCCUUUUCCUCACACGGGACAGCAGCAUGCUGGAGCUCCUCAAUCUCAUCACACACGAGCCCCCUACUGACCGGGAGGAGAAACUGCGAUACAAGUAUGCUAAUACAGCGUGUGAGUUGCUGACAUGCGACGUGUCCCUCAUCAACAAUAAAGUGGGUGGAGAUGAGUCUCUGUUGCACACACUGUACAGCUUCCUAGAGCAGACGCCCCCUUUGAACCCUUUACUGGCAUCAUUCUUCAGUAAGACGGUCGGCAACCUCAUCAGCCGCCAGACAGAGCAGGUGAUUGGUUUCCUGAAGAAAAAACAGGAUUUCAUUGGACUGGUGCUGAAACAUAUGGACACGUCUGCCAUGAUGGAUCUACUGCUGCGUCUGAUUAGCAGUGUGGAGCCCAUUUCGCUCAGACAGGAAGUGCUAACUUGGCUGAAUGAAGAGAAGCUGAUGCAGAGACUCAUUGCGCUGAUACACCCUCAAAAUGAAGACGAGAGGCAGUCGAAUGCAUCUCAGACCCUGUGUGACAUCAUCCGCCUGAGCAGAGAUCAAGCCAGUCUGAUGCAGGAGACAUCAGAGAACGACCCUCUGCUCACAACACUAGAGAUGCAGCAGACCGUAGAGGCCCUGUUAAAGAACAUGUUUGGAGGAGAGAAAAAUGAUGCCUGCAUUAUCUACGGAACGCAGGUGUUACUCGCAUUGCUGGAGACUCGGAGAUCAGGCAUUGAGCAGGUGACAGACCUGUGUUCUCAGGGACUGGAAAAGUCUUACACUGUAAACAACAGCAUAUUAAUGGGAAUCCAGCCACAUUUAAAGAACUUCCAUCACCUCCUGCUUAACCCACCCAAGAAAUGUGUGAUGUUGACCACAAUGGGUGUUUUGGAGGAGCCGUUUGGCAAUGCCCGACUGCAUGCUUGCAGACUGAUGGCUGCUUUACUGUACACUAGAGCUCCAAGAAUCCACCAUGAGCUCUGCCGACUGAACAUGAUCAACCUGCUACUGGACUUGUUUUUUAAAUUCUCCUGGAAUAACUUCCUACAUGUCCAAGUGGAACAGUGUGUCUCUGCCAUCUUUAACCAGAACACACCACUAAACCGAUCAAUGCAGGACAGUCCAGAUGCGACUCAAAUUCAGCUGGAAAACACACGCUCAGACACGCCCCAGCCCAGUGAGACAGACACACAAAACUCAGACAGAUUCACACGCUACCUGAUAAAGCAUCUGAUAAAGGACUGCAGGCUGGUUCAGAGGAUUUUGGAUGCUUGGGAAGAAAAUGACAAAACACAAGAGGCAGGAGGCAUGAGACAAGGGUAUAUGGGUCACCUGACCCGUAUUGCAAACACAGUGGUGCAGAGCGCAGAGAAAGAACAGGACAAAGAACAGACCCAAAUCACACAACUUUUAAAAGAGUUGCCCGAGGACUAUAAAAGACGCUGGGAUCAUUUUGUGAAUGAAACACUAGCAGAAACUAACAAGAAGAAUACGGCAGACCUGGUGUUCUCAGAUUAUCAUCUUCAACAGAUGACGGCAAACUUUGUCGAUCAGUUUGGACUGAAUGAUGAUGAAUUCGGGGAGCAUGACGGCAGCAUCAGCGCCACGUUUGAUCGAAUCACAGAGAUCAACUUUAACCUUGUGGAUGAGGGGGCCAGCUCUGGACUCUUUGAGACUCGCACAAAGGAGAGAAUGCGGCAGUUUGAUGAAGCUGAGGAGGAAGAAGAUAUUUGGGAGGAUAAAGAAAUUAACUAUGCGACACAAGUGAAAGCACGAAGCAGGUUUGGAUUGGUGACAAACACCCAGAAGAGUGAAGCAGACGGCGGCUCUCGGAGGCAUCUGGGGUCACCUGAUCUCGAGUGGUUUCCAGAGUCUAAACAAAUGCCAGAGAACAUCAAGAAUAAGGAAACAGACAAGCAGUCCAGUGAUCCUCAGAGAGAUUCUUUCAUCCAAAGCAACAUCCAGUAUAUGUUUACUACAGGUCCUGGAUGGAUAGCGAGUUUUGAAGAUGGCCUCAGCAAUCGGGACUUUGCGAGUAUCGCCGUGGAUACGGGCUCCAGCGUGUGGGGCAGCUCUACAGCACAGCUCAGUGAGACAGAAGAGAAAGGGUGGGCGACGUUCGGUGACUUCCAGCCGUUCUGCUGUUCAGAUACAGGGCCCAGAUGCAGCUCACCCGUGGACUCGGAAAAUCCAAACAAACAGAACCAAAAUGAAAAAAUCAAAGGCUCCUCUGCGUGUGUGUGGAGUGUCUGUGGGGCGAGGAAGGCUCCACUGGUGGCGUCUGACAGCAGCUCCAGUGGAUCAGACAGUGAAGAAGAGGAGGACAGAACCAACACCAGAGAGACGGUCACCAUGGGCAACACCAAGGAAAGCAUUAAACUUGAGAAAACAAUCAGUGACACUAAUGCCAAAGCAACAGGUGGCAUGGCAACAGAUGUCAUAGUAAUGGAAACCAUAGCGAUGCCCAUCUCCAGUACACAGUCCCCUAAGGAGCAGAAGGACGACUCCAGCAGUGAUGGAUCAAUGUAACAGCAUUUUAAAGAACCCUCUCUACCUAAAUACCCCAUGACAACCGUUUCUCCACCCAUGACAUAUUUAAGGCUGUGGCUUCCCUCUUUCAAUAUGUCUCCGCCCCUUUUAGCUCCGCCUUCUGGCAUUGGCUAUUACCAUUGGUCUGUCAUGUAGUCAUGUGGGUUGUUGUUUUAGGUGAAUGAGGUAAGCAUCGGUGGGUGGUACUGAAAUGAUCUGUGUCUUCCCCAAUGAAGACAUGUUCGCCGUUAAAUGGAAAUAAUGACCUUUGAACCCUGUGAGAGCAGCCCAUUUUGUGUGUUUUGAAACUAGAAUAAGAUACACACUAACAGGUGAACUCUCACACAUGCACAAACAUGCUGUGGUCUAAGAGUAAAUCUACAGGUGUGAUUUAUAGUGUUAUGUUUAUGUUUUUGAACCAAUGUUUUCCACUAAGAAUAAGGCGAAAGUGUGUGUGUGUGUGUGUGUGUGUGUGUGUGUGUGUGUGUGUGUGUUUAGAGUGGCUGAUCAGUAUUUCUGUAUGUUGUAGCCUUUGGUUGUGGUACUGAUUUGUUUGCAUUUAAGUUUUCAUAACAUAUGUUACCAGCUCUGUCUACACAACACAGACAUAUACAUUUCACUAAAAUUUUAAUGUUGUAUUCUAUUCAUUAACAUUAGUUAACUACAUUAGUUAACAUGAACAAACAAUACUUGUUUAAUGUUAAUUCGACAUAUAAACUAACAAUAAACAAUGCUAAUUUGACAUAUUACAUUUUUAACAUAUAAAGUUGUUUGUUAACAUUAAUUGUAUAUUUAUGAAUUAAUGCAAACAAAGAUAAAUUCUGUUCAUUAUACCUAAUGCAUUUACUAGUGUUAAUGAAUUCAACCUUAUGUAGUGUUUGCUAUUUUUUUGUUGCUUAGGAGCAAAAAUAAUUUGGAGCGGGUCUCUAAAAAUAGUUUUGUUUGGUUGUAUGCUGAUUGUAAUCUCUUUUAAUCGUACUAAUAAUAGUUCACCCAAAAAUUAAAAAAUAUUUUCAUCCACGUCAUUCCAAACCUUUACACUGCAAAAAGUCUUUUUGUAUUUUUUUUAAUUAGUUUUUUUUUUUUUUUUGGCUUGUUUUCCAGUAAAUAUAUCUAAACAUUCUUAAAAAUAUAUAUAUUUACUUGACAAGCAAAAUGGCAUAAAAUAUAAAGUCUUGUUUUUAGAAAAAUCUGACGAAAUUGAGUAUACUUUCUGCUUAAAACAAGAAAAUAAAUACACUUUUUUUUGUUGUUUUCCCUUUGAAUUAAGUUGAAAUAAACCUCACUAAAUUUAUUUAGAUUUUUCUGAAAACAAGACAAAAUAUCGUACAUAAUAUACAGUUUUGCUUAUCAGAGAAUGUUUCGAUAUUUUUACCGGACAAAAAAAAAAAACUAAUUAAGAAAAACAUUUUUUGAAGUGUAUGAAUUGUUUUCUGCGAAAUAACAUGAGGGUGUAUAAAAGGAUGAGAGAAUAUUUUAUUUUCAAGUAAACUGUCCCUUCAAGGCCAAAACAAGCAUGUGAACGCAGACGCUUCCAGCUACGCAAGCUCGUUUUCAUUUCUAAUUGUGUGAGACUGCAGUACGUAAUACAGAAUUCACAAUUAAGGCCAAAAAAAUACUCUACGCAAGUACGUAAACACAGCUGUGUUUGUUUGGCCACUGCACGGUCCGGUUGAACAUGCUUAACGUGCGUUCUUGCAUUACCGUGGCGGGAACAAAAACCUCAGUACUCAAGGGGGCGCUAGAGUUACCAUCACACGUAUUUUAUUAAACUGGAUGCGUUAUUCUUUUAGUAAGUUGCUAUAAAUAUAUUGACUUUAACGUACUUGCUCUGCAACAUUCUCUUCAAACUGUUGCUCCGCCAUGACAGUAGUUGACUUUGAAUUGAAAGAGGACAGUGCAUGCUAAUCUUGCAAUAGUGCCCCUUGUGGCAGUGCUGAGAAUGCAACAAGUAUUUAUGUUGGUUUACGAAUUGUGCUCUGAUGCAUUUAAAAAUGCUACUAUACGUGAAAUUGAGCUCGCGUAGCAAGAUGUGUAUGCGUUCACGUACUUGCGUAGAGUUUUGGCCUUAACACGGCGCAAGUAGGCGUUGCAUUCUCAACGUUGCCACAAGGGGCGCUAUAGCAAACAUUAGUGUGAACUGUCCGCGUCUACUGUGAGUUUUGUAUUUCAAGUUCACUACUGUCAUGUCGGAACAACAAUUUGAAGAGGAUAUUGCCGAGCAAGCAUUUUAAAGUCAGUAUAUUUAUUGCAACCUGAAUAAUAACGCAUGUAGUUUAAUCUCACAGACUUUUGAAGGUAUCUCAGUCGCCCCUUGAGUAAUGAGGUUUGUUACUGCCACGGUAGCACGGACCUCGCCUUUGCAAUGCGUUGGCCAAGCGCCCGCAUCUGCGUACGCGUACUCACAUCAAGCAUGUUUCUGGUUUUAAAUGUGUUCAAAUAAGGUUGUUUAAAUAUUAUUGUGUCUGUGGUUGGUAUCAGAAUGAACUCUCAGGUGAAUGUCGUCAGAUAGGGAGGAACAUUUUUUGAAGAGAGUUUAUGUGUGCCUUGAAAUAUCGGAGAAUGACACAUUAGUAUCUAUAAAACGUGUCCAGCACACAUAUUCCUCUUAAUCGCAUCUUCCUGUAUCUCUGUCAGGUCUUAGUAAAAAAUGUCGAUAUGUAUUCUUUAUGAUAUCUACAUUUAAUAUUAUAUUUUUUAUGAGUAAUUACUAGCAGAACACUAGAGCGCUUAAGUGUCUAAUUGAAUCUAGAGCGAUAGCAAUAAUAGUAUGUAUAAUCUUGGUUUUUUUAUUUUUUAUUUUUUUUAUUAAUGUAGCAUGCAAACUGUCUGAUUGUGCGAGUGAGUGACUGUGUGUGUGUGCGUUUUGUUUAUGCACUGUUAAAAACUUGAUUUUGAUACCAAAUGCAACAGGAUGGACUGUAAAGAGAGCCCUUGGUCAGUCUUUGAUCGGCCUGGAUUUUUGCAUUCACUAGCAGGAACUUACCUAGUUAACAUUGCAGAUGUUUGCCUGUGCGUGUGUGUAUGUUUGAGAGUAUGAGAGCAACAGAAAGAGAAAUAUUGUCUGAUCAGUACCAGGGUCUGUCCUUGAAUGUAAUUCAUAUUUUUAUAUGAUUUAUUUUUAUUCUUAGUGAUUAGAUGGUUUAUUUUUUGCCAAAGUCUCUGUAAUAUUCCUUUUUUCCUCCCUAAUCUGUUCCAUUCUCUCCCUUUGAAGACUGAAAUCUUUCCCUUUUGAACAUUACUACUUUCAUAUUUGUGAUGUUCUCUAAUUCAGCACUUCAGUACGGUUA